CCACAAUAUUAAAGUUGUCUGCUGUCCUGAAUGAAAUGUGUCUGCUCAUAGUUUCCCUUUCGUCACUUAAUGACCUUACUGCUCAUCUGAGCUCAGUCUCUUCUCCGCUGGAAGUCAGAGGCGAGCUCCUCUAAUGGCUCCACUGCUAAUAGCAGGUUGGUUCAUAGGCACAUUCAUAGCUAAGGUGGCAGACCUGGGCAUCCUCUACGUGAAGAACCAGUAUGAGUACCGGGAUGUCAAAGGCAAACUGAAAAAACUGGAGAAAAAUCUCAGAAAGAUCCAAGCAGCACUCUUUGAGGUCGACAAGAGACGGAUCACAAACCCCGGUUUGGAGGAAUGGCUAUGGGACCUAAAGGAUUCUGUUUAUGCUGCGGAGGACGUGAUCGAUGGAUUUGAGUACAAUCUGCUUGAAGAUAUAGCCAAGGGCAAGAACCAGCUGAUUUUUGAGGAGCAGAGCAAAGACCGGGCUAAGAUCAAGAACAAGUUCAUACACACACUCAAGCUACUGGCUUUUUGCGACAAGGAUCUCAACCAGUUGGAUGAUGCUAUCAAGCAAUUCAGUGAACUUGUAGAUGAACUUGGCAAACUUCUCAAGGUGGUGGAGCUAAAUGUAGCAACUAACAAGAAGGAUGAUGUAGAAAUUCCCAAUUGGCGACGAACAACCUCCCCCAUCAAGCCCAGGCCACUGAGAGGACGAGAUGAAGAAGUAACGAAACUGAAGAUGCUUCUUAAAACAGGUAACAAUUUGAAUCCUGAUAGCAACAGUUUUUCUCUUGUUUCCAUAGUAGGCCCUGGUGGGAUCGGUAAGACAGAACUUGCUCGGCUUGUAUACAAUGAUGAAAGUUUAAAAUAUGAUAUUAAGGCAUGGGUCUGUGUGUGCAAUAAUUUCGAUGUGAGGAGGCUUUCCAUAGAAAUCAUAGAAUCUGCUGCUAUCCAUCGACAUAUUGGUCUUCACAGCAUUAAUAAUUUGGAUGAGAUUCUCAAACUGACUGAUCUUCAUAGCAUCAGUAACUUGGAUGAGAUACAGAAAAUUCUGUCUGAGUGUCUAAAGGACAAAAGGGUUUUAGUUGUUUUAGAUGAUGUGUGGGAGGAGUCCGUUGCUAACUGGGAAAACCUGUGCAGUGCAUUUAGAUCUGGUCACAAGGGAUGCAGAAUCAUAGUAACCACUCAGCUUGAAAGUGUGGCAAAGAUGAUGGGGACCAGGGACAUAGUAAAUCUGGAUGGCUUAGAUGACAAGGUUAACUGGGAGUUACUCAAAGAAUGUUCACUUAAUGACCAAAACCAUGCUGAGCAUCGGAGGUUGGAACGGAUAGGCUGGGAAAUAUCUCAGAAGUUGGGGGGCUCACCCUUGGCAGCAGUGACAGUAGGACGUGCUUUAAAAUAUGAUUUGAAGGAAGAACACUGGAGAAGAAUCUUGCAUAAGAAGAUAUAUGAAAUUGAAGAAAAGGAAGGUGACAUUGUGUCAGUUCUGAGACUCAGCUAUGAGCAGCUGCCUGCAUACUUGAAGCAGUGCUAUAUUUCAUGUUCUUUGUUUCCAAAGAACCAUAGCUUUGAGAGAGAUGAUUUACUUCAAAUGUGGAUGGCCCUAGGCUUUGUUCAAGCAAAUGACAAACAUGACAGGAUGGAGGACAUUGGUCAGGACUUAAUAAAUGAGCUGUCAUCCCGAUCCUUUUUCAUGAAUGCAAAGAGAAAGGAGGACAAGUUUGUGAUCCAUGCUGUCUUGCAUGAGCUUGCCGAUUGUAUUUCUGAUGGUGAAUAUUUUAGACUUGAUGAUGAAUAUGAAGGAAAUCAGCCGAUUAGAAUCCCAGAUAAGGCUCGCCAUAUUUAUGUUACUGCUGAUAAUCUGGUUAUGUUUUCUAAGAUUUUGUGCAAGAAGGACAAUGUGCGCAGCCUUGUUGUUGCUGGUGAUCUCUCCCAUGGCAUCCCCAAGUCUGACUUUGUGGAUAGUCUUAAAGAGGUUUUGGAUAGUUUUAAAUGCCUGCGGCUUUUGAUACUUUCUGUGCUUGGAAGUGGCUUACCUAAGGCUAUUGGUGGUUUAAAACAUCUACGCUACUUGGAAAUCCCAGGUGAUGUAAUUACUGAAUGGCCAGAAUCAUUUUUCAAUCUUUACCAUCUACAGUGGGUGAAUCUGAAGAUGUGCUCUAAGAAUUUGUUGCUGCCAGAAAAGAUGAACAGGUUAAUAAGACUUCGCCGCCUAAUUCCUAGUCUAGAAGCAAUUUCUACCAUAGCUGGAGUUGGCAAGCUAACUUCUCUUCAGGAAUUAAAGAAGUACCAUGUGCAGCUUAAGGAAGGAUUUGAAGUAGGACAGUUAAGUGCCAUGAACCAGCUUCAAGGAAAACUCUGCAUCAACAAUCUCCAGUAUGUUGAGAGUAUGAAAAAAGCAGAACAGGCCAUGCUGCACACCAAAGAGCACCUUAGCAAGUUGAAACUACAUUGGGAUUAUAAUGGGAAAGAGAUAAUCCAACACAGCAAAUGGGAAGAUGCCGAAAAAGUUAUUGAAGGACUCAAACCGCAUUCAAAUCUCAGAAAACUGACUAUUUCAGGCUAUAAAGGAUGCAAAUCUCCAACAUGGAUGAAGAAUAAAGUGUUGUCCAACUUAGAGCACUUAAAGUUAUGCAAUUGCAGUUCCUGGAAGGCUCUUCCACCUUUUGGUGAGCUUCCGCUUCUCAAGAUCCUGCACAUAAGAUCUCUAAGCUCAAUUGACAAGAUUGAUACAACAUUCUUUGGCAUCGACAAAGAUAAAAUUUGUGUGAAUCCCCAAAAGGAGAAAAAAGAGAAUAAUGUAUCAUUCCCUGCAUUAGAGGAGCUCUUGUUUGAUGAUCUGAAAAAUUGGAAUGCAUGGGAUGGACUAGAGAAUGGCUUUGAACUGUUUCCUUGUCUUCAUAAGCUCUUCAUUUGGAAUUGCAACUACUUAAGGGGGCCUCUGCCUCUGCCAUCGUUCCUCAGGGAACUUACCAUUCUAGUGUAUCCACCUAGUCCAAUCAUUUUUCCCGAGGACAUAUCCCCAACAUCAAUGUUCAAGAUUUACACUGAUAACAUCCAUCUCAUCCGGGAUUGCCUUGAAGAAAGGAACCCUGUUCUGCUUUGCACACUGGAAAUCCAUGGCAUCUCUGUCCUGAGAUCCCUUAUUGAUGAAAAAGAUUGGUUCUUUCGACUCAACUCCCUCAAACAACUUGUUCUUGUGAACUGUGGGACCUACAAUCCUCCAGAGCUGCAGAACAUUUCGUUCCCUAUAAUUCGACGUGCUUCAGAUGCCCGAAAAAUCAACAGACCACCAGUAGAAGCCUCAUCAAAGGAAUCACGCACUAGGCAACGUGAUGAAGAUCAGGGAUGGAACACCCAGUCCCUAAGUACCAACGAAGCGGUGCACAUGCCGACUCCCGAGAAGAUGGACAUCAAGAGGUCAAAGAUGGCCUAAGGUGCCAAGCAGGAUGAUGCAUCUAACUAGAUGAUGAAGACAGGCCAAGGUUCCAUGCAGGAGGUUCAUGUGUCCAAAGGCAGAUGAAGGGCUAAAUCGAAGCCCAUGCUGCCGCUCAAGGUGCUUCCUGCUCAUUGCCCAUAUGUGCUUGUUCAGCGUGUCAUGCCCGUCUCAAAUAAAUUUGCUGGUAGUCCAGUAUUAGUAGUCUUCUUCUUUAAGUUCCCAUUUUCUCUUCGGUAAUAAGGGUUUCCUUUGCUGAGGGAACCAUCAUUUACUUAUCUACGUGUGUUGCUUUGUUCUUCUGAAUGCAGCUACUUAUUUCAAUGCAAUGAACUAUCGUUCUUGGUGAUUCAUUUGCAUCCUUUAUUGGGCUUUGUUC